AUGUAUAAGGCCCUACACCUUGGUGGCAGUCAGGUGCAGUGGAAGAGAAUAGUGUGUAAUAGCAAAGCCAGUCCAAAAGCCAUUUUCAUCACUUGGCUGGCUCUGCAGAAUAGGCUUCCUACUAAAGAAAGGUUGCUAUCAUGGAAUCUCAAUAUUGAUGGUGUUUGUGAAUUCUGCCAGGUACAGGAUGAGAAGUUGUCCCUUCUUUUCUUUGAGUGUUAUUACUCUCAGGAUAUCUGGAGAACAGUGUUGUUGCAGUUGGUUUGGCUUCAGAGAAAUGCUAGUGUAUUUAGCAAGCAGUUUGAUCCUGUAGAUAAUGUUGUUAGAAGAGUCCUUUUCAUUGUAGCUUGUAGGAAUCAGUAG